UCUUUGGUCAGCAGUUGGUGGCGUGGGCACAGGUCUGGAGACCUGCCAGCCUCUUGGCAGGCUAGAGGGCAGGUGUGGGCAGUUAAGUUUUGUCCCUGGAGCCUGAGAAGACGGUGGGUGACCAGACAGUCCUGUCUAUCCUGAGAGGAGAACAUUCAGCCCAAAUCCCAGCCCCACUAUGCACAGAUCAGAGCCAUUUCUGAAAAUGUUGCUGCUGAUUCUGCUUUUCCUGGGAUUGGCAGAAGCCUGUACUCCUCGUGAAGUUGCAACUAAAGAAAAAAUCAACUUGCUGAAAGGGAUCGUAGGUCUGAUGAGCAGGCUGUCACCGGACGGUCUCAGACACAACAUCACUUCCCUCAAGACGCCUCCCCUGGUGUCCCCGCAAGACAGGACAGAAGAAGAAAUGAAAAUACUGAAACAGAUCCUAGGCUUGCUGAGCCUCCAAGUACUGCAUGAAGAAACAAGUGACUGCAAGGAUGAAGUUAAACCCUUCUCAGGCACCACCCCAUCCAGGAAACCACUGCCCAAGAGGAAGAACACGUGGAACUUCCUGAAAUGCGCCUACAUGGUGAUAACCUACCUCUUCGUAUCCUACAACAAAGGGGACUGGUGUUACUGCCACUACUGUAACUCGGAACUGGACAUCAGGGAUGAUCCCUGCUGUUCUUUCUAGUGAGCCUGCUCCAUCUCAGCUCAGCCUUCACAAGGCCUCCAUCUCCCAGGCAUUCUCACCUCUGAAGAAAGCUCUCUGUCCCCUGGACUGCCUGUGUGGAGGGUAAUGAACUGGGUCCUUUAAGGAAUGGCACCUGGGUGCCCAGAGGCAUGGCCAGAAGGGGUCUGUGGGGGCCAUGCCUUGGAAGGAUGCACCCAGAGCGGCUGAGAGGGCAACUGCAGGGGUUUCCCCUAAAAUCUCUCCUCCAGACCAUUCUCGGACUGUCUCCACUACUUCCAUAAUAAAAUGUAUACUUGUUGAAAUGGC